CCAAGACGAAGUUCGCACCGUGGUAUUUUAUCCUCCUCUACCUCCCUCAGCGGCAUCUCGGAAUUGAGUCGCGAAUAUGCAUUCCUCGCUUCCCCUGCGGGCUGGCAUCCUCAAGCGCUCCUCCUACUACAACUCCGACUACCGUAGCGGGGCUGCCCUGCUUCGAGCCCGCCGGCCGUACCUAGUCAAGAAUACCCUCACGGGCCUGGCGAUCUUCGGCUUCGCAAUUGGAGUUUUUGCAUUUACCCUCAAAGCCGUGGGCCAAGAGACCUUUGACGACGUGAUCGUCCCGUCGGACCCGCAAGUCGUUGCGCCAAACUCGUCCUCCGCCGAAGCUGCACGGUUACAGCAGAUCCAGAACCAGUCGCCUAAGACACCCACCGCGCAGGCCAACGGGAUGCGUUCAUAGCCACCGCCAAAACCUCCUCCAUUGUUGAGCGACAAUGCCACAUGGAAAUGUUACAACAAAGGUCGAAAAAGUAGGCGAGGAACGGCCGCAUAACGAACUAUCGGAAGAGGGAGAGCCAAUUUUUGAAAAGUCAGCAUGCUUCGAAUGUGUAUAAUAAUGACGAGGCAAUCAAGCGGGACCUGGGAGUCGCUUGGAAUAGGAUGUCCUCACGGACAAAUCUCUUUCAUCAGAGCCACUCGUCCGUACCUGGCAUGUGAAAACUACCCUGCUCUAGUGGGCGGACUCCCGAGUCGGACUUGGUUGCGCCUCGUUGACUCUACGGAGCUUUGUGAACGUAGGUGACUUGUGAUGUGGGUUUCCUUAAAGGGAAAGAUGGGUUGAUGGAUACCUGGAGGCAUCUGAAGCAUGUUCACACUCGAUCCGACUUGAGCCAAAGUCGAAGGUCCAUAUAGAUGGGAAAUCCAGGAAGAGGGACGCCUGGCCGUUCAAGCACUUCGCAACUCAGCACAUACUAUUCAACGUGGGACGCGGAUCAAGGGAGAAUUCAAUAUCAAAAUAUCCUCAGCUAAAGUUUAUCCAAGAUGCAAAACUUGUGAAUCGAGAGUCUGGAAGGGCUUUGACCAGCGUCUAUCAAAGGCGUUCUUUCAUCCUUCAUUUCAUAAGCCGCCAGACUGUGUAUCUUCACUUUACCAUCAUCAUCAUCAUUGAAUAUUAGCGAACGCUGAACCUUCCAGUUCCCGCUGUAAUGG